AUGGAAUCUACUGCAAUUGUGUUGGUCAAGCAGGACUCUGUCUUCUUGCCUGGUAUGACCAUCAGCGCUACUCAUUGGAUUGCAUAUGCCAUGACCAAGGGUCGUGUUCACAUCAUCUUGCGAUCAAGCAGUGAUCGCACUCUUCUUCAGCUGCCAAUGGUCUUUGCACCUGCCAUAUUGGUCAUCAAUAUGGCUGUAUACAGCAACAGACUGGCAGGUGUCACCUCUGAUGGCAGUUUUGUUGUAUGGGAACUACCUGAGUUCUCUGCCCCGAAGCCAACCAUCCACUUUGUCAUCCUCUCAGUUGACGCAGACCUCACAGGCGACAAAGCGCACACAGCUUGCAUUGCUGCUAAACUUCCCCCAGGUGACCUUGCUCUCAUCAUGUUCUCCAUGCAUUCCACUGGUGUCAAUCAGGACUUGAUUAGGAAAGAGUGGUAUGAUACAGCUGUGUUGAACACUCCUGCAAAGCUCCCCCCUUAUAUGCCUGCAGCCCCCAUGGAGGCAAAGGGUACCCGUCACAUGCCUCCAGCACCCAUGUCCAUCAGUGGGCCUGGGCCUGCACCUGUGACACAGCUGUCUGCAUCCAUCAUCUCCCCUGCUAGAACCAGAACUCCUCCUGAAGAUCUUGAGGCUGAUAUUGCCUGCGACAAGGUCCAUGUCAGAGAUCAGGAGGUUGGAGAACAGGCAGUCAAUGCAGAGCAGCAGGUUGAAGAAUAUCCAUGGCUACCUCUUACAACACUUUUACUUACAAUCACACUGCUAUGUACCACUACUAGUACUGUCAUCUACUAG